CGUGAAUCGCGGCGUUGGAAACACCAGACUCCAGAGGCAUCUCCGCUGCACCUCGACGGUUGCGUCAUAUUGUGGGGCUGCCGCAAGCCAACGCAGUAUUCUCCGAGGCAUAGAAACAGCGCUUCAACCUGCCAGCAGCUUAGUUGUUCUUAUCCCACAUCAAGUCGGCAAUGUCGAGGUUCUUCAGAGCAAGGCGGUUACUACCUCCGCUCGCGGCCGCUGGCGCGGCCGGCGGUGCGCUCUACUGGGUGUAUCGCCCGCGGAAUAUCCCCGGAUACGAAAGCCCCGCGGUUCCGCCCCCUACUUUUGGCGCCGACGGCACCUUCAAGCUGCCACGCUUCCCCCGCGUGAAAUCGCGCGGCGAGCAAAUAGCGGAUCUCAAGAAGAGCGGCAAUGGGGACAAGGAGGAGGAGUAUGAUAUCCUGGUCAUUGGCGCUGGCGCAACAGGGUCCGGAGUCGCCCUCGAUGCGGCAACGCGCGGACUCAAGGUCGCCAUGGUCGACCGCGGCGACUUCGCAUGCGGCACCAGCAGCAAGAGCACCAAACUCGUCCAUGGCGGAGUGCGCUAUCUCGAAAAGGCCGUUUGGAACCUGGAUUACGCCCAGUACGAGCUCGUCAAGGAAGCGCUAAAAGAACGCACCUACUUCUUGCAGACCGCGCCGCAUCUGAGCCAUUGGCUUCCCAUAAUGCUGCCCCUGGAUCGCUGGUGGAAGAUUCCAUACUACUGGGCUGGCACAAAGGUCUACGACUUCCUCGCGGGGAGCGAGGGCAUAGAGAGCUCGUACUUCUUGACUAAGAGCAAAGCCAUCGACGCGUUCCCCAUGCUGAAGCAGACUGGCCUCGUUGGCGCUCUGGUGUACUACGACGGGGCACACAACGACUCGAGGAUGAAUGUCUCACUGGCCAUGACCGCAGCGCUGUAUGGCGCCACCGUUGUCAACCACAUGGAGGUCACGGGAUUGUUGAAAGACGAGAACGGCAAACUAUACGGUGCCACGCUCCAGGACAACAUAUCCGAGCGGGAUGGGAAGCGGACCGAAAAAUUCAACGUCAAGGCGAAGUGCAUCAUCAACUGCACCGGUCCGUUCACCGACGGCAUCAGGAAGUUGGACGACCCCAGCUGCAAGGAGAUUGUCGCGCCCGCGUCGGGUGUGCACAUCAUCCUGCCUGGCUACUACAGCCCCGGCAAGAUGGGCCUGCUUGACCCUUCAACGUCGGACGGGAGAGUUAUUUUCUUCCUGCCGUGGCAAGGCAAUACUAUUGCCGGCACCACAGACCAGCCGGCCGGAAUCUCCCGAAACCCUCUUCCGGAUGAGCAGUCCAUCCAAUGGAUCCUCAACGAGGUCAGCCACUACCUCUCCCCGGACAUCAACGUCCGCCGCGGCGACGUCCUGGCAGCCUGGUCGGGGCUGCGUCCCCUGGUCAAAGACCCCAAGGCCAAAAACACACAGUCGCUCGUCCGCAGCCACCUCGUCGAUAUCUCUGAGUCCGGCCUUGUCACCUGCGCAGGCGGCAAGUGGACCACCUACCGGCAAAUGGCCGAGGACUGCGUCGAUGCCGCCAUCAAGGCCUUCAACUUGCAGCCCAAGCCCGUUACUAACGCGCCCCGUGUAAGCGGCACCGAGGCGAUUGACGACGGCGCCAACCUCGACGGCUCCUGUCAGACGCACCGCGUGCGCCUCAUCGGCGCCCACGGCUUCAGCCGCACCCUCUUCAUCCACAUCAUCCAGCACUUUGGCGUCGAGACCGAGGUCGCCAAGCACCUUACCGAGAGCUACGGCGACCGCGCCUGGACGGUGGCGGCCCUGUGCCGCCCGACCGAGAAGCGCUUCCCUGCGCGCGGCGAGCGCAUCUCGCAACUCUAUCCGUUCGUGGACGGCGAGGUGAGGUAUGCGGUGCGGCACGAGUACGCCCAAACCGCGACGGAUGUGUUGGCCAGGAGGACAAGGCUCGCGUUCUUGAACGCGCAGGCCGCGCUGGAGGCGCUACCCAGGAUUAUCGACAUCAUGGCGGAGGAGCUGGGAUGGGACAGGAAGAGGCAGGACGUGGAGUGGAAGGAUACUGUCUCCUUCCUCGAAUCUAUGGGAUUGCCCCAGCCUAUGCUCUCGGCGACCCGGAAGCAGGUCGAACAGGGCAAGCUCGACUUCAAGUCCUCGCUUGAGUAUCGCAUGUACUCAAGGCAUGAUAAGCCAGUGGACGAUGAGCUUUAAGGAGCCGGCAGGGUCGUUCCUCGGAAAUCAGUUGGCAUAGGUGAUGGCGUUUUGUGCUAGAACGGGCACGGUUGGCAGUAUCCUUCUCCUGCAUUGGUUGACGCUGUAUCCAGUCAAUGUCUACUCCUAAUAAAACAUACUUACGGCGCCAACCCUGGAUGGUCGUCUCAAAUCGGUAUCCGGUAUUUGUUGUGAUUUCGGGUGGUGACUGUACUUUACCCCAUCCAGGAUAGCAUUGCGCUUGCAAGUGUGCCUGUCAGCCCCAGAUCUGCCUACCACAGCAUGCCAUCAUCACUGCAAGGCA